AUGUACAACGUCUCUCCCAUCCCUGACUUUGACGACGACGCAAAGGUCCAGCAGUACAUGCAGGACAGGCGUGUCAUUGGUUACGACCCGCUUGUGCAGCCUGCACUCCUGAGACACGAGAUCACAUCGACCACCAACGCCAAAAAGACCAUCGCCUCUGCGCGGUACAGCGCCGCACGCAUUUUGGCUGGCCAGGACGACCGCGUCCUCGUCAUCGUUGGGCCCUGCUCCAUCCACUCUGUCGACCAGGCCCUCGAGUACGCCCGUCUCCUCAAAGCAAAAAUCCCCGAAUGGCCCAACCUCCUCAUCAUCAUGCGGGCUUACUUCGAGGUAAUUGAUAUCAGAGCGUUACUUUAUUUCUAUCACCGUGCUCAUACCAAACCACGCACGACUGUCGGCUGGAAAGGCCUCAUUAACGAUCCGGACAUUGAUGGCUCCUUCAAGAUCAACAAAGGCCUCCAUAUGGCCCGCCAAUUACUCUGCGAUCUCACUGAUCUUGGCGUACCCGUUGGCUCUGAGCUCCUAGACACCAUCUCUCCGCAAUAUAUCGCCGACCUGAUCUCCUGGGGCGCGAUAGGCGCGCGCACCACCGAGUCGCAGCUGCACCGCGAGCUCGCGUCCGGUGUGUCUUUCCCUAUUGGCUUCAAGAAUGGUACGGAUGGAAGCGUAACAGUCGCAAUCGACGCCAUGCACUCCGCCUCGAACCCGCACGCAUUCAUGGGCGUAACCGAACAAGGCCUCGCAGCCAUCGUCAAAACGCGCGGAAACAAGGACGUGCACGUUAUCCUCCGCGGCGGGACCAAGGGCCCGAACUACGCGUCCGAAUACGUACGCAAAGCCGCGGAGGAUAUUGAGAAGAAGGCGAAGAAGGGGGUGGAUGGGGAGAGGCCGUUUGGGAGUAUUAUGGUUGAUUGUAGUCACGGCAACUCCUCAAAAAACCACCGCAACCAGCCCCUCGUAAUCGACAACAUCUGCGCCCAGCUCUCCGCAGGCGAACGCAACAUUACCGGUGUGAUGAUCGAGUCGCAUAUAAAUGAGGGGAGGCAGGAUGUGCCGCCCGAGGGACCGGGGGCGUUGAGGUAUGGUGUGAGUAUUACGGAUGCGUGUGUGGAUUGGGCGUGUACGGUGGAGAUGCUUGGGAAGCUUGAUCAGGCUGUCAAGAAGAGACGCGAGGUGCUUAUUGCCGCUGGAUUGGAAACGCCAGCUGCUUUUGAGCGUGCGCAGCGCGUUUAG